UGUUCACCAUGUUCAAAAAGAAAAUGUCAGGUUUUGGUUGGUAUAAGGCUAAUUGUAACACACAGAUACCUGGGUAAACCAGACCCAGGAACAAUAAGGCUAAAUGGAGAUUCUGUGACCUGUCAACUCUUUCCUUAUGAUACAUCGGCAGUUGUCAAAUCAGUCUCCAUAUGUUUUGUUGGUGAAAGACUGGACAGGAAAACAGCUUUCGGAAAUCGAUUGUGUGUAUAAACUGGGAAGUGUAAGUGGUUGAUGACUUUCGUCAGGCAAUCCAAGGAUGACUGUGUAUUAUUGUGUCAAUCAUAAAGGAAUUGCUAAAUGUCAAGGUUAAGAGAAUGUAAGGAAAGCUGUUCAGGACAAAUACAAUGAUGGCAGCUCGGGUACAUAUCCUAACAUGUCUUGUUCUCUGGAUUAUCUCCCCUUGCUGUGGUCAAGAGGAGUUGCCUGCCAUCGAGUUCGUCACACUGGAGGAACAACCUGUCGGUACACUAAUUGGUAAAAUGUCGGACGCACAACUUUUGAAAAUUGAUGUAAUGCCUGCCGAAUUCAACACGUUAACGUUUCGACUGCUGGACAGUGGAACUUUAACCCCAAGGGUAUCGGUAGUGGAACAGUCCGGAAAUGUUUACCUAGAGGAGGUUUUGGACAGGGAAGCACUCUGUGGGUAUUUACUAAACUGUGAGUUCACGUUUGAUGUUGCUGUCAGAACAGCCUCCAACUCUUACAUCAAUAUCCUCACCGCUCAGGUCACCAUACAGGACAAAAACGACCACGUUCCAAUGUUUCCAAACAGCUUCCUAAAUCUUCAGGUUUCGGAAAAUGACCUGGUCACCAAGUAUGCCAUUCCUCCUGCUGAGGAUAGAGAUAUCGGAAAUUUUUCAGUUCAAAGUUACGAAAUUGUACAACAGUCGGAUAUUUUCGAUCUUGAAAUAACGAAAAACCAAGAUCAGAGCAUAAGUUUGCAAGUGAUAUUGAAAAAAGAACUGGAUCGGGAAGAACAAAAUCGUUAUCAAUUUCACAUAGUGGCCAAGGAUGGAGGUGACACGCCCAAUUCUGGAACACUGAGUAUUUCCGUCGAGGUCCUCGACAAAAAUGACAACUACCCAAAGUUUUUAGAAUCGGAGUACAGCAUGUCUGUGAAAGAAAAGACUGCCGCAGGUACAAUAGUGCUACAAGUGUUGGCUACGGAUAAAGAUGUCAGUGUCAACGGACAAAUCAGUUACCGAUUUAGUCCACAUCAGCAGGGCCUGGAACAAAUUCAACAGGUAUUUACAAUCAACUCCCAAACAGGGGAAAUAAGUCUGUCUAAAACCCUCUCAGCCAAUCCUGGUAAAGUGUUCCAGUUUUACGUAGAUGCCAGCGACCAGGGCGACCCACCUAAAAUUACUCAACAACUAGUGAUGGUGACAGUCGUGGACGGAGGGAAUAAUCCUCCAGAAUUAUUCCUUAGUUAUAUCGUCACCAGCGAUAACGGUGUCAUGAACAUUUCUGAAUCUGCCAAGAAUGCUACGCCACUUGCUCAUGUCCGGGUUGACGACUCUGAUUCUGGGUUAAAUGGUAAUGUGUCCUGUACCAUCAAUGAUACCAACUUCACUCUGCAAUCAGUAGCUGGGAAGGGCUUCAUCGUCAUGACGAAUAACCGACUGGACCGGGAGAUUGUAGAGCGUUUUUAUGUUACUGUACGAUGUGAAGACAAAGGAUCUCCUCCCCUAAGCUCUGUUGUAAAUUUCACAGUCAACGUGACGGAUGAAAAUGACAGUAUCCCAAGAUUUUCAAAAGGGGUUUACUCCGCAACGCUUAUAGAAAACGCGAGUGAAGGAGGUGUGGUGACCCAAGUGACGGCCUCUGAUGAGGACAUUGGUCGAAAUGCUCAAAUCAAUUACUAUCUCCACGAUGACAGUGUUUCUAAAUUUGCCAUUAAUUCUCACACCGGAGUCGUUACAGCAAAUAUGAAAUUUGACCGAGAGGUUAACCCAAGAAUAACAUUUCGAGUUUUAGCAGUUGAUGGUGGCAACCCUCAGCAGACAGGAACAGCGACUGUAGUUCUAACAAUCACAGAUAUCAAUGACAAUGCCCCGUCUUUUAACAGAAGUGGAAUUGAAAUGAUGAUUCGGGAAAACGGCGAUGCUCUCACCAAGGUUGGAGAGCUGAACGCUGUUGACUUCGAUGAAGGAAACAAUGGCAGAGUUGUCUACUCCUUGUUAGGAAAUGUGUCAAGAAAUCUGCCUUUCAUCGUGUACCAAGAUGGAGUCAUCCGAGCCAAGGAGAGUUUGGACAGAGAGGUCCAGUCUAUGUAUACCUUCUAUGUUCGUGCUCGAGAUCAAGGGGACACUCCACUGGAAACAAACAUUUCUGUGACUGUGAAAGUUACUGACGAUAAUGACAAUAGUCCAGUCUUUGUAUUCCCUAACGAUAGUAAUGACACAGUUUCCAUUGGAUACUUGGCAGAGACGCCAUCAUGGAUCACAAAAAUUAGUGCGGAUGAUAGGGACACAGAUCAAAAUAAGGCUAUUGUGUAUAGUAUUCGUCAUGGUAACAACCUUCAGUUGUUUUCAAUUGACCCUUAUAAUGGGGACCUUUUUCUUCUGAAUACCCACAUGGUAUCUGAAGAUACUGUUUUCCUUCUGACUGUUUCGGCAGAAGACAACGGGAGCCCACGACGGGUUACCUCUCAUUCAUUACACGUGAUCCUGGUGUACACCAAUGCUACUUCACUCGGUCACAUGACCGAAAACACAGGCAACAAGUACAUUAUCAUCUCGGCUGUGGUUGUUGUUCUCACCGUUAUACUGUCGGCCAUUAUAAUAGGCCUCAUUCUGUUUUUACGACGUAAAGAUCAACGACAAGAACUAGCACGGAAAUUAAGCAACGAUAUCCAAAAUGAGAAUUCUGGGUAUCUUGAGAACGGGAAGGUGUGCUAUGGGGAAAAACAAGACUAUAAUGGAUGCAAUGGGGAUUUAUACAAACAAAAGAAGAAAAAAGAAGUCAGUUUUUCUUUAGAUGAGGAUAUGGACAAUGUGUUCGACAUUUCGAGUGUGUCUGCAUACACUACUGGCAAAAACGAGGUAGAGAAGAUGAAAACAUUCCAGACCCCAGUGGCCUACGACCCCCAAACCAUCCAGACCCUUCAUCUUCACCAACUCCUCAUACAGAACCAGGACACCAACAAAGAGAAAAGCCUUAAAAAGUUAAUUGUGAAAUCACCACAUGAUGAUAUAAGUGAUACAUCAGGGGAGACAACUACGAGUGACAGCGGCCGUGGUGGCAGUGAUAUGGACAUGCCGAGCUGCACCAACAUGCCAGAUGAUGCUAAAGCUUUCAACUUUAAUAGUCACCAUGGUUACCGGUCAUCGACGGGUUCGUCCUAUCUGACAUGUGGGCCCCCAACAGAUAAAGAUGGUGACGACCUGGUCAAGUCUAGGCCAGCUUCUGAUAUAUAUUCCAUAUCCUCAAAACAAAAAGACUUCAAACAUUUAACGCCUCGAGAAAACUUUGAAAGGAAACAUAAUUUACAAAGUAGUGCUCAAAAAACCAUUGACAGAGAUAAUGACUCUACGAAACAGAAGCCGAGUGAUUGGUCACCUUCAUAUGUGUGAGACCAAUGAGAAACUUUGUUAUAAUGAAAGUCUCAUCUUAUCCAAUGGCAGCAGAGGAUACAAAGAGUGUAUAUUUCUACAAAACCAACCAAUCAAAAGACAUGUGGUUAUUUUAUACACAGUUCUAUGUUUUCUACAUUUUUAUAGAAACUGACUUUGAUGUUUUGCAAUGCUACAUAAAUGUUGCCAUGGUUUCCUGAUUGUGUAUCAGCAAUGCCGUCCAUUAGAGGGAUAUACAACUAUGUUCCAGUGAGGAAGCUCAACCAAUUCCUUGUUUGUGAUUUGGCCUUGAGAUUAUUUUUGUAUUUUAUCGGAUAUAGCCCUAGGGACCAUAUCGAGUACUGUUGGUCGAUUGCUGGAGCCAUUUUAUUAUACUUUGGCAUGCAAUCCACCUACAUUCUUUGUCGAUACAUUGAUAGCGUGUGUGUGAGUGUGUGACAACCCCCAAUUGUUGGUCCUCAUUCAUACCCUUACCUGCCAGUAUAGGUGUGGCAUCUAAUGUUCGUUAACCUCCCACCCCUCUAAUGUCCAGUAGACUCUACUGUCCAUUGUUUUGGUUUGACUUUAUCAAAGUCCAGGGGGCUUGGAAUAAGUGACAAAAUAAUGACUUCUGUAAAGAAGAAAUUUGAGAGUAAUACGUUUGAAAUUCAACACGAAAUUGUUUAAACCCGAGAUGUUCCUUACUCUAGUGUAACUUUUUAUGGCUAAUUAUAAAACAAUUCUAGAUAUUUUGGUCAAUAAAUUUCAAAAAGGGAAUUUUUUUUCAGAAACACAGAACCACUGUUUUUGCUCAGUUGCUGGGAUUAUCUUUAUUAAAUAUAUUUAUUGUAUAAAAUCGGAAAACAAAUGACAAAACAACAAAAUGAAAUCAUAUUUUGAUGUUUUUACUGAGGAAUGAGAUAGAAGUGUUCUGAGGAGUAUUGUGUUGGUGAUCUAAAAACUGGACAAGAUGAACGUUUUGUGACACAAUGUGUUGGUCUAGUCAUUCACAAUUCUUUGAUUUCAUUGGUCAAAUGUUCACUUCAUGAAUGUUCGUUUAGUUUACUUUAAACAGUAAUUUAAAUUAUUUUUGAAAAUAUGUUAAGUACUUCAUUUCUGAAAUGUGUAACUACCUAUAUCACAUUUUGAUAUAAACUCGUACUAUAGACUUCCUUGAUGUAGCACAGUAUGGGGCUAUGAAUUGACAUUUCUCUCUGGAAUUUUAAAUUGAAAACAAUUGGCAAAUUACAGGUAUAUGAAAUGAAAUAAGAUAAUCAAAUUUUUAGCAAAACAAAAAAAUGAUUUUUAUAAUAGAUGAUGAUUUUAUUUGCUGAUGUCAUUGAUAUUAUAUUGUAGCUUUUAUUGAUUGUUUUAAGUAUGUUUUUUAUGUAAAUUGUGAUAUGUAAUUGUAAACAUUCAAUCUGAUAAUGUUAAUGAGAUUCACCAGUAUGAAGGUUAGUGUGUAUGUGGAUGUCUGUAUGAGCUGACAAGUGUUUGUGUGUGGACAAUCGUUUGUGGAUGUCUGUAUGUGUGGACAAUCGUUUGUGGAUGUCUGUAUGUGUGGACAAUCGUUUGUGGAUGUCUGUAUGUGUGGACAAUCGUUUGUGGAUGUCUGUAUGUGUGGACAAUCGUUUGUGGAUGUCUAUGUGUGGACAAUCGUUUGUGGAUGUCUGUAUGUGUGGACAAUCGUUUAUGGAUGUCUGUCUGUGUGGACAAUCGUUUGUGGAUGUCUGUAUGAGCUGACAAUCGUUUGUGAAUGUUUGUGUGUGGACAAUCGUUUGUGAAUGUUUGUGUGUGGACAAUCGUUUGUGGAUGUCUGUAUGUGUGGACAAUCGUUUGUGGAUGUCUGUAUGUAAAUAUAUCUUUUCGUAAGAAUGCAUUUAGCAGAGAAAAGACACCAUCAGAAGUGGAAUUUGAAAAUAGAAAGUUACGAUGUGAAAAGUUCAAAACUGAAAUAAUAGCAGUUUAAUUUUUUUUUAAAUAAAUACUCAUUUUUUCUUAAUUUCCUCAACUUAAAAAUUAGACUAGUGCUAUUAGUCAGCAUCCUGAAAAAUCAUUGAACAUUUAAAUGUUGUUAACUUCAGUAUGAUUAGUGGAGAGGAUUCUAUGUUAUUUUGUGAGGAACUGUAAUUAUAUGGUGCUCAAGGCCCUGAUAGUUGAAUGAUUGGUGCUAUAUUGAUGUUUGACUCCUAUGAUCGUGUUAAACCCUUCGCAGCUUUAGUUCUGCACCUCUUUAUCAUGUGACACAAAUUUCUGACAUUGUCUAACAGCUGUGCUGUUCUAUUUUUUCAUGAUUAUGAUUAAACUAUGUUGCAAUAAAAUAUGAAAUAUUAAUGUUA